AUGUGAUUGGUACAUAGAUCACUUAUCCGAACUGGAAAUAAUAUCUUCCCACCAUCAUCAUGGCCAUGUAACUACAAGUAAAAUCAUUGCUCGCAUCGUGUUUUCCUGUGCUGUUAGUAGUGCAGAUAGUGAUCACACGUAGGUAUGUUAGUAUGAACCUAGGUAUGAACGGUGUGCAAAGCCGACCUUUGAUAGCCAUCAUAACAAAGUUUGAUUAAUGGCCACAUUUUCACUCUCGUUAAUCCGUACGGGCGAACGCCUGCCUAGCUGCUCGCUCGCCCAUUCCCAAAAGCAUAUAGAAGCAAACACGAUCCGAGCUCCCGCUCGACCGGGCGGUAGCGGCCAGAGCUACCGCGGCAUGGGUCACUUCUUGUGGCCGGCCGCCGGACGCACGAAAGGGUGGAACUCGUUCGAGCUCUACCGGUCUUCUCGCAUCUUCGACGGCGCUUUGUCCGGCGACGCUACGGUGCGAUGCGAUGCGAUAUAAACAGCAGAACAGCAGCAACACCACUCGACUCAGUGAUGACCAGUAGUGGCCACGUUGAGCAGGAUGGACGGCCUUGCGGUUCCGUUUAGUGGUGUGUGGCGUGGCCACACCCGCAGGCGUUGAUAUUGGUCCGGUUGGCGAUCCGGGUGUUAGCCAGCUCGCUAUAGCUUUGGCCAUCGCAUCACCCAGGCCGGCCGCUACCACUGACCGCACUGAACCGAACCGGACACCGGAUCAUGGCGCAGUGGGGUGGCAGUAAAAAUAUGUUGGCUGAAAUUCUUAAUAUGAGUUGAGUAACAAAUGCUCCAAAAAUAUUCUUCUUCUUCUUGGUGAAGCGUCCCAACUGGGACACAACCUGCUCAUACGUGCAUUUUUUUCCGAGUAGUGUUUAGUUUUGGCAUUUAUUUUCCCAACUACCUCCUACGUGCAUGCGCUAAAGCUGGAGCAGCAUUCACUGAUCCAUAAUGGCGAUAAUGCCACGCUGCCGGUGUGGUGCGGUAUGUGGAUAUCCGUAUGAACGGAUAUCCACAUGGCCACUGACUAUGAAGGAAGAGAUGAUAUUGCAAGUACGCUGGAUGGUCGUGGAAACGAUCGCUACGCAUACGUUGCUGUGUUGGUUGCCGGCCGGCAAUGAAUCAGAAGCAAUAUUAGCUAACUGGCGCGCAUAAUUGGCAAUUAAAUUUCGUGUGAGAUUGUUGGAGGGGAAUGUAAUGAAGGUCUUAAUCUGGAAAAUCUAUAAAUUGUGAUAAUUGUAACGACAUGAACCGCGGCUCUGGCGACACUGCCACAGAGCUACCGUCCCACUUUCCGAUCGUACACGAUCAACAGUUGUCAUCGUAGAUGACUCGCACAAUCACUGUAAGGUCGCAAAACAGCAAGUGGAUGGACGACGAAAAGUGCAUAUUGUUGAUUGCUUAAUGCUAUACAGUGCUUAAACCUAAAUCUAUCGUACAGCUUACGAUACUUAAAACUAAAUCUACCGUGCAAAUUUCAUAUCCUAUUCAGUGAAAGUGAGUACGAAAAACAACAUGCGAAUUUGUAUAAACUUAAGUAUAUAUUUACAGAACUAUGAUAAAUUAGCCUACAGACGUUAGAUACGACCCGUCCAAAUCUUUAAUAGUACACCAAAUAUGUAAGUCACCCUGAACUAUCCUCAGUAAAAUCACCUAAAUAAAAUUUAUUUGCAGCUUAAAGCGCACAGACAAUCUGAUCGUGUUUGCUAUAUAGAUUGGUGAAAUCUAACCCCACAAAAUCUUUAAGAUAUUUGUAUGAGGGAGAUGAUGGAAGGACAUCAUAACGUGACAGGCUUCAAUUGCAAGAGGUGCCACCGGCCGGAUUUGGCAGACGAACAGAUGAUCGCUUGCGAUGUAUGCCAUGAGUGGGAGCACUUUACAUGCGCUGGCGUCGAUGGAAGCAUAAAGGACCAACCGUAUGUAUGCAGUGUGUGUAAGCCGAAGAAAACUGGAGCUAAGGCCAAGGAGUCGUUAAAGCCACCAGAGAAGAACGACAAGAAAUCGUCUAAGGCGUCGUCGAAGAAAGCAUCCGCGAAAGUCAACCCACCUCCUUCGACCGUAAGUUCGGCUACCCGGAUGGCUAUGCUGGAGGCGCAGAUGAAAUUGCUGGACGAACAGGAGCAGCAGCAGAAAUUGGAUCUAGAAGCGGAAGAAGAAUUGAAGAAGCGCGAAUUGGAAGAAGCUCAACGACAGCUGGAAGAGAAAAGGAAACUCUUGGAGGAAGAGAAUCGUUUGCGCGAAUUGAAGCUUCGGGAAGACAAGGAGAUCCUGGAGAAACGAAAGAUUAUGAGGCAGCAGUCCAUGGACAAGAAGAACGAACUACUAAAGCAGAUGUCCGAAUGCAGCAGCAAGUCCAGUUCGAAUAUGGAUUCGAUUGAGAAAGUGUCAUCGUGGCUGGCGAAACAAGAGGAACUACCGCCACCCCCGGCCGAGCCACUAGUCCACUCUACCAAGCCACUCCCCGCGUUGACUCAUGCAGCUAGCACAUCGGCGCAAAUUCUGCCACCAAUUCCAACUAGUUCGGCAGCACUCGCCCCAACGGCAUUUUCUAGAGCAGAGCCGAGCUCCUCGGCGCCUCCACAAAUGCCAUUUUCCCUUCCUGCCACUGAUCAGCCCAAUGUACCAACGUUUCAAACACCGCAUGCGGUGAUCAACGUGCCAACAUCGCAGAUACCCGUUUCAGCGGCCACAGCGCAUUUAUCUCCACCAACACAGCACGCCUACCCUCCGGCCGUUCAACCAAUGGCGUCAAUCCUGGCGCCGAACCCGUCGGUGUUUGCUUCAGCAGGCAACGAAUUCGGUCAAUCGCACCUUUUCUCAGGGGGUAAUCCGCUCGUGUCGCCCGGAGUCCCUGCAGUAUUGAACACCAAUCAGCUGGCAGCGCGGCAAGUUCUAGGGAAAGAUCUGCCCAAGUUCAGUGGCCGACCUGAAGACUGGCCACUCUUCAUAACGACCUUCGAGCAGUCCACAUUAGCAUGUGGAUAUACAGACGUGGAAAAUUUGAUCCGCCUCAAGAAAUGUCUCGAGGGCAACGCGCUGGAGUCCGUUCGCAGCAAGCUACUUCUCCCUUCCAGCGUACCGCACGUUGUCCAAACUCUACGGACCCUCUACGGACGACCCGAACUGCUAAUCCGGUCCUUGCUGGAGAAAAUUCACCACGUUCCGAUGCCAAGGUACGACCGGUUGGAAACGGUGAUAGAAUUCGGAAUAGCGGUUCAAACUUUGGUUGAUCACCUAGUUGCAGCUGGCCAGAAUGUUCACCUCUCAAAUCCGGCACUCAUGCAGGAGUUGGUGGAGAAAUUGCCCGGAACGAUGAGAAUGGAGUGGGCUGUCUAUAAGUCUCGGCUUCCGGUAGCUACGUUGCAAUCCUUUGGAGACUUUAUGUCAAGAAUGGUAGCGACGGCGAGUGAGGUUUCGUAUGAACUUCCUACGCUUGAUCGGUCCGGCAAGAUCGACAGGACAAAACCUAAAAGCAAAGGCGCCGUUAAUGCUCACUCAGCGGAAUCCUCCACUAUUUCAACGCCAUCUACAUCAGUGGUCAAAACUGGGAAAUCGGUCAAACCGUGCCUGUGUUGCAGUCGAGAAGGCCAUAGACUGGUGGACUGUUGUCAGUUCAAGUCCCUGAACGCUGACGAUCGUUGGAAACUGGCGGAACAGAAGGGCCUGUGUCGGACUUGCCUGAAUAAUCACGGAAAGUGGCCUUGUCGUUCAUGGAAAGGGUGCGAAGUUGAAGGUUGCCGUCAUAAGCAUCACACUCUCCUUCAUGGUACAGCGUUGAGUUCGCAAUCUACAGGGAUGUCAGCAAGCCACUUAUCGAUCGGUCAGUUCUGCAUGUUCCGGAUAGUUCCAGUCGUGUUGCACGGAAAGGGGAAGGACAUGCUGAUCUUCGCGUUCAUUGAUGAAGGCUCCUCGGAAACACUCAUCGAAGAGGCAGUGGCCAAGCAAUUAGAGGUUACCGGCCCGAUCGAACCGUUAACGCUACACUGGACCGGAAGUGUAUCUCGAGAGGAAUCUAACUCACAGCGAAUACAGUUGAAGAUUGCAGCAAAAAGCAGCGCGGUUUGCCACGACCUUCACAAUGUGCGAACAGUAAGCUGCCUGCUGCUUCCAUCGCAAACGCUACGCUACGGAGAAAUGGUUCAACGCUUCCCACACCUGAGAGGGCUUCCCGUCGUGGACUACACCAAUGUUCAGCCCAAACUGCUCAUCGGACUCAACAAUCUCGGAUUAUGCUUGCCGAGAAAAAUGCGAGAAGGAGGCCCUCAUGAUCCGGUGGCCGUCAAGUGUCAUCUCGGAUGGAGCAUCUACGGGGGCGAGCCCGCCAAUUCAAGAUACUCCGUGUCUGUCAACUUUCACACUGCCGCUCCAGCGGAUCCAGAUAAACUGUUGAACGAACAGCUGCGGGAUUAUUUUGCCAUCGAAAGCUGCAUGGUGUCGCCUGGCAUCCAAACGGACUCGGAGGAUGACAAACGGGCCAGAAUUCUCUUGGAAUCUACUACCCGGCGAAUUGGUAACCGUUUUGAAACCGGCUUGCUUUGGAGGACCGAUGCAGUGGAUUUUCCCGAUAGCUACAGCAUGGCUCUACGGCGGCUACAAUCUUUGGAACGCAAACUCCGGCAGAAUCCGAAUCUAGGAGAUAGAGUGAUCCAACAGAUUCGAGACUACGAACGGAAGGGGUACGCUCGGCGAGCUACAGAAGAAGAUCUGGCAUGUAGCGAUACCAGCCGGAUAUGGUAUCUUCCUCUAGGGUUUGUGAUCAACCCCAAAAAACCCAACAAGCUUCGUUUAAUUUGGGACGCAGCGGCAAAGGUCGGCGAUGUAUCUUUCAACUCGAAGCUCCUAAAAGGACCGGACCUGUUGACUCCGCUGCUAGCUGUACUCUCUCGCUUCCGGCAAUUCCCGGUUGCGGUCACAGGGGACAUAAGAGAGAUGUUCCACCAGUUUAAGAUACGGAAGGAAGACCAGCAGUCUCAACGUUUCCUCUGGCGGGAACAUCCUUCCGAUAGCCCGCUAGUCUAUAUUAUGGAGGUGGCGACGUUCGGCUCUACCUGUUCUCCAGCGUCGGCGCAGUUCGUAAAGAACCUCAACGCCACAGAGUAUGCCGAUCAGUUUCCUCGAGCAGCGGCUGCUAUCCACGAUAACCACUACGUGGAUGAUUAUUUGGACAGCUUCCAAACGAUCGAGGAUGCGAUCCAAGUUGUUCAGGAAGUCCAGUCCGUUCACGCGAUGGGAGGGUUCGAGAUUCGCAACAUUCUCUCGAAUUCCACGGAAGUAAUUCAACGAAUUGAUGAACGACCGAGCGAAAAUUCCAAGGAUCUAGCAUUGACGCGCGGGGAUUCCACGGAAUCGGUGCUUGGAAUGCAAUGGCUACCGAAGGAGGACGCAUUCACCUAUACGUUUGCUCUUCGAUCGGAUAUACAACAGGUGUUGAAAGAAGAUCACGUGCCGACCAAGCGGGAAGUCCUGAAGGUAGUGAUGAGCUUGUUUGAUCCACUAGGCUGCCUUUCAUUCUUCUUGGUGCACGGGAAGAUCCUUAUCCAAGAUACAUGGAUCUCCAAGAUUGGCUGGGACGAUCCGGUUACCGAAAGCUGCUUUGCGCGAUGGAAGCAGUGGAUUGCGCUGUUUGAUCAAUUGUCAUCUCUCAGGAUUCCUCGGUGCUAUUUUCGGGCACCGUAUCCAAGUGACUUCGGCCAACUGCAGCUACACAUCUUCGUUGACGCCAGCGAGUCUGCGUAUUCGUGCGUGGCGUACUUUCGUCUUCCAGUAGGAGAUCAGAUUCAGGUAUCCAUGGUAGCUGCCAAGACAAAAGUGGCUCCUAUUAACACGAUCUCCAUUCCGAGAUUGGAGCUGAAAGCAGCCGUUCUUGGAACUCGCCUUUCGGAGUCGAUAAAACAAUACCACACCGUACCGAUUGCCAAUGUCUUCUUCUGGAGUGAUUCCAAGACGGUACUCGCUUGGAUACAAUCGGAACAUCGCCGCUACCACAAGUUUGUUGCUGUUCUCGUGGGAGAAAUACUGCUAUCAACGGACGUGAAGAACUGGUGGUGGGUACCCUCGAAAAUAAACCCAGCGGACGAGGCCACUAAGUGGAAAACUGGUCCAAACCUCAACUCGGACGGCCCGUGGUUUCGCGGUCCUAACUUCCUGAAGCAACAGGAAACCUCCUGGCCAGAACAACUGCAAACUUGUACUACUCAAGAUGAACUACGUUCUGUGCAUCUACAUCACGUUCAGUGCUCGGUUGUGGAUCCUGCACGGUUCAGCAGGUGGGUGAAAAUGCAACGUACGGUAGCUUUCGUACUGCGUUAUGUCGGUAACCUAAAACGCAAGGUUGAAGGUCGCCAGCUAGCCAGCGGUAUACUCAGCCAAGAGGAAUUGGCGAAAGCCGAACGCUGCCUUUUGAAAACCGCACAAGGUGAAGCCUUCCUGGAGGAAAUUACAGCACUGAAGAAAACCCAAGGAACUGCCGAAUCCCGACAUUGUGCCAUACCUAAAUCAAGCCGCCUCUACAAACGAUGGCCUUUCCUGGACGAAGAUGGAGUUCUCCGUAUGCGAGGAAGAAUUGCGGCAGCUCCUUUCGUACCUUAUGAAGCGAAGUAUCCCGCGAUUUUGCCUGAAAAACAUCCUAUCACUGUUCUACUCGUAGAAUCGUUCCACAGCCGAUUCCGCCAUGCGAAUAGAGAAACUAUCGCAAAUGAACUACGGCAGCGUUUCGACAUUCCUAGACUGCGUGCGUUAAUUGGCCGAGUUAUGCGAAGUUGUACGUGGUGCCGAGUAGCAUCACCUAAACCACCAGCGAUGGGCCCUCUGCCAGAAGCCCGUGUGAGUCCAUUCAUCCGGCCAUUUACAUACGUGGGGCUGGACUAUUUCGGACCAGUAUUCGUGAAAGUCGGGCGAAGUCAGGCGAAGAGGUGGGUGGCAUUGUUCACCUGCCUCACGAUCAGAGCGGUGCACCUCGAGGUGGUCCAUAGCCUGUCUGCCGUGUCGUGCAUCAUGGCCAUUCGCAGAUUUGUAUCUCGACGGGGCUCCCCGUCAGAAUUCUUCACCGAUAACGGUACUUGUUUUCAGGCAGCAAGCAAGGAGUUAGCCAGCGAGAUAAAAUCUCGCAACGAGGAGAUCGCUCUUACGUUCACCAGCGCGCAAACAAAAUGGAAUUUUAUCCCACCCGCUGCGCCUCACAUGGGCGGGGCGUGGGAAAGGCUUGUACGGUCGGUUAAAGCGGCCGUUGGAACUAUAUUAGACGCACCUCGACGCCCAGACGACGAAACCCUGGAGACCAUUUUGUUCGAAGCGGAGGCCAUGAUCAACUGUAGGCCUCUGACUUACAUACCUUUGGAGUCAGCAGACGAGGAAGCGCUCACCCCGAACCAUUUCCUCCUCGGGAGUUCAAAUGGUGUGAAAAUUCGGCCUACAGAACCCGUUCAAGGACAUGCCACAUUAAGAAGUAGUUGGAAGCUAGCCCAACACAUCACUGAUCAACUGUGGCGCAGGUGGAUCAAAGAAUUCUUGCCUGUGAUCACACGCAGGACGAAGUGGCACGAAGAAGUGAAAGAUCUACAGGUAGGCGACCUUGUCUUGGCGGUCAACGGAACCUUGAGGAACCAGUGGAUCCGAGGCCGUAUCAUUCAGGUUUUCCCUGGAAGAGACGGCAGAGUGCGACAAGCUCUUGUGAAGACAGCGACAGGCGUACUCAAAAGGGCUGCAGUGAAACUAGCGGUUCUGGACGUAGAAGAGAAGUGUAAACCAGGCGACGGAUCACCGGAGGCCCCAGAACCUUGCCAUGGUUUACGGGAGGGGGUAUGUAACGACAUGAACCGCGGCUCUGGCGACACUGCCACAGAGCUACCGUCCCACUUUCCGAUCGUACACGAUCAACAGUUGUCAUCGUAG